AUGGCUCCAGAAGCCAAAGCCGAAGCCGGCAAACCCCGUGGCGACCUCGGUCACGUACUCAUCAUCGGCGGUAACGGCUUCCUCGGUCACCACAUCGUCAACCAGGCCCUCGCCAGCAGCGCCUGGGCCGCGUCUGCCGUGACGUCCAUCGAUCUUCGUUGCGACAAGAACCGCAAUGCCAAGGCCACCUACCGCGAGUGCGACAUCACAGACGCGCCGCGCCUUCUGGCCCUCUUCGAGGAGCUCAAGCCCGACGUCGUCAUCCAUACGGCCAGCCCCGUCGCGAGUGGCCAGACGGCCGUUGCACACGACCUUUUCCGCAAGGUCAACGUCGAUGGUACUCGCGCCGUCGUCGAGGCUUGCCAGAGGAGCGAUGUCAAGGCCCUCGUGUAUACCAGCUCGGCGAGCGUCAUCAGCGACAACCAGACGGACCUGCUCAACGCCGACGAGCGCUGGCCCGUGAUCCGGGGCGCCCAACAGCACGAGUACUACUCCGAGACCAAGGCUGCGGCCGAGGAGCUCGUGCUCGACGCCAACCGCCAGUCCCCCUCGAAUCUCCUCACUGCCUCGAUCCGUCCCGCUGGCAUCUUCGGUGAGGGCGACGUCCAGACCCUCGCCGGUUUUCUGCGUGCCUACCACGCCCGUCGCACCGGCACCCAGCUCGGCGACAAUGCCAACAUCUUCGACUUCACCUACGUCGGCAACGUCGCCCACGCCCACCUUCUUGCCGCCCACGCCCUCCUCGUCACCGCCGCCGCCUCCAUCCCUCCCCUCGACCACGAAAAGGUCGACGGCGAGGUUUUCUUCAUCACAAACGACGCCCCCUGCUACUUCUGGGACUUUGCCCGCGCCGUCUGGCGCGCUGCUGGCCACGACGAGGGCACCGAGCGCGUCUGGGCUCUGCCGCGCUCGGUCGGCAUCGCCAUGGGGCUCGCCAGCGAGGUUUUCUGCCGCAUCGUUGGAAUACCGCCAACCUUUACUCGCCAGAGAGCCGUCAUUUCGACCAUGACGCGCUACUACAACAUCUCCAAAGCCAAGAUGGUCCUGCGCUACCAGCCGCUGUGGACCCUGCAGGAGGGCGUGUCGAGGGGUGUCGCAUGGUUCCUGGAGCAGGAGAAGAAGGCCGCCGUCAAGGCGCAGUAA